CGUGAGCUCUGCUCACCUCCUUCCUCUCUGCUGAUUGGCUGAGCACGAGUCUAAAUGGCGGGACUCGAGCGUCUACCAAUCAGGAGCAGAUCCGCUCCUUCAUUAGCAUAAAUUAUUCAGCAUCUUCAGCUCAGUUUGGAUUCCGCACCUGGACUUAACAUUAUAGACCGCUUUCAAAAACUAUUUAUAAAAUGAACAAAUAUUAGAAAUUUGGAUAUUUCUUAACAGACAACAACUUUUCUUGCAUUUGUUUUUGCAUGUUGUCUUUCUUUCUUUUUUGUUUUAAUUAUUUGUAAUUGUUUUUCAACUAUGUGGACUUUUUUGGGUAUCGCGAGCUUCACAUAUGUUUACAAAAAAUGCCAAGUGUUGGUGUUUCUGGCUCAGAGAGAGCUGUUGAUAGCCGCAUUGGGUUUCCUGGCAGUAGGAGCGAUACUCACCUGUCACAGGUACAGGAGUGUAAAAACACCUCAGAUAUUACAGUUACUGCUGGAGAUCCUCUCGGUUCUGCCUUUUACUAAUAAAAUCAUCAACAAGUCAGAGGUUUCACAAAGGAACCACACAGCAGAGGAGAAGAGAAAGAGAGUAACCAAGAGGAAAGGAGUAAGAACCAAAGAAGUAACCUUGAGCACAGGAAGUACCUCAGAGUGUGCAUCCUCAGCUGAUCCGGAGCCAGAUGUCAUCAUUGUGGGUGCUGGUGUGCUGGGUUGUGCCAUGGCGACCGUGUUGGCGCGAGAUGGGCGAAAGGUUACCGUGGUGGAAAGAGAUCUGCGUGAGCCAGACAGAAUCGUAGGAGAACUUUUGCAGCCAGGUGGCUAUCGGACACUCAGAGAGCUGGGGCUGGAGGGUGCAGCAGAGGGCCUGGAUGCUCACGUAGUCAGUGGGUAUGUAAUCCAUGACUUAGAGAGCCAUUCAGAGGUGGAGAUCCCUUACCCACAAGAUGAUCGUGGCAUUCAGUGCGGCCGAGCCUUCCACCACGGACGCUUCAUCAUGGGCCUGCGACAUGCUUCUCUUAAAGAACCCAAUGUGGCGUUUAAAGAGGGCACAGUAACCAGUCUGCUGGAGGAGGAUGACUGUGUAACGGGGGUUCAGUAUCGUGAGAAGGACACUGGGAAAAUCAAGGAGAUCCAUGCUCCUCUGACGGUAGUCGCUGAUGGUUGUUUCUCCAAGUUCCGUAAGAGCCUUGUGUCAGGAAAAGCCAAGAUCUCAUCACAUUUUGUUGGCUGCUUAAUGAGGGAUUGUCCUCAGUUUAAAUCUAAUCACGCAGAGCUGGUGCUAGCAAACCCCAGUCCAAUCCUGGUCUACCAGAUCUCCUCCAAUGAGACCAGAAUUUUGGUGGACAUCAGGGGAGAGAUGCCCAGAGACCUGUCAGAGUACAUGGUGGAGAAGAUUCAUCCUCAGCUUCCAAGACAUUUACAAGAGCCCUUUAUGCUCGCUCUGCAGAAUGACCGUCUGAGGACGAUGCCUGCGAGCUUCCUGCCUCCGUCACCAGUCAACAAACCAGGAGUUUUGCUUCUGGGAGACGCCUACAACAUGAGACAUCCUCUGACCGGAGGGGGGAUGAGUGUUGUGCUCAGUGACGUCCGCAUCUGGAGAGAGCUGCUGAGGAACAUUCCAGAUCUGUAUGAUGAUGACGCCAUGCUUCAGGCAAAGAAGAAAUUCUACUGGAAGCGAAAGUCAUCACACUCGUUUGUGGUGAACGUUCUGGCUCAGGCUCUUUACGAGCUGUUCGCCGCAACAGACAGUUCUCUGCACCAGUUAAGAAGAGCCUGCUUCCACUAUUUCAAACUGGGUGGAGAAUGUGUCAAUGGGCCAAUAGGCCUGCUGUCUGUGUUAACACCAAAGCCCAUGACUCUGAUCGGACACUUUUUCGCCGUGGCCUUGUACGCCACCUACUUCAGUUUCAAAUCCGAGUCAUGGCUGAUGAUCCCAAGGGCCCUGAUGAACAGCGGAAUGAUUAUUUACCGCGCCUGCGCCAUUUUAUUCCCCCUCAUCUAUUCGGAGCUGAAGUACCUGGUGUACUGAGCCACGCUUAACAGGCACGUGGACAAUCUAAAGACUGCAGUCAGUUACAUAGGAAAGCACUUACAAGAACGGACCCAGACGUGCCUUUCACCAUCACACAUCUACAUAUCUGAACCUCAAAUCUGUUUAUUCCUAAAGAUACGGUAUAAAAGUGCCCGAUUCACACCGACAAUGGGAUGACUGGCUUUAAAUGAAUUCAGUGCAUUUUGCUCUUUGAAUUGGGAAGAACUUGAGGCCGCGCUGCCGUGAUCUGCUACAGCUGUGGGAUUCUUCAGCUAAAGAAAGCACACAAAGAAGCGUCAAAUAUUUAAUACAGAAUAACAGUGUUUUUAGUUGUACCAUUAAACCUGUUAAAAAAAAAAAAAAGAAAACAAGUCGUGAAGCUUGUAUGUAAUUUUAGCAAAAGCUGUGAUAUAUUUUUUUAUGUAUAAAAAAUUUACAGCAGUUGAAGCUCCAAAAAUGUAAUGUAUCUUUUCUCUUUGGAGUCAAAUCCAAGCUGCACAUUUUGCUUUUUAGAAUGAUUGUGCCUUUGAUUAAAUAUAGCAUUUUCAUUGCUGUUUGUAACUCAGUGUACAUAUACAUUCUGCUGUGGAUUCUGAUUUCCAGAACAAAUGAAUAUUUCUGAAAAGGAUGUAUAAAAUUCACUAUAAUUUACUUGUCAUUUCUAUUGAGCAGCUGCUCCUUUGAUAUAAAGAAAGCAAAAGGAAACAAAAACAAAAAAAAGCAGAAAUAGUGAACCAGAUGUUCUCCAGGAGACGCAGGGUGCCACAUCUACAAGUUUUCCCCCCACAUCUCUUAGAGUAGCUUUUCAAGUUCUGAAGCUGGAGAAAUGCACAGUUCAUCCACACGGGGGCAGCAGCAACACAAACCACGUCAAGCCU